AUGCAGGACAAGGCGCUGGCCUACGGCCUGUACGGCGCCGUCGUCUGCCGCGGCGUCUUCGUCGGCCUCGGCGCGGUCGCGCUGGCCAAGUUCCGCGUGGUGCUCCUCGCCUUCGCGGGGCUGCUGAUCUUCACGUCGGCGAAGAUCCUCCUGCUGGAGGAGGGCGACGGCGACGAGGACGUGUCCGAGAACGCGGUCGUGCGACUCGUGAACUCGCAGUCGGUCUUCCCCGCGACGGACGCGUACGACGCCGACGACCCGUCGAACUUCUUCACGCUGGGCGCCGACGGCGUGAAGCGCGCGACGCCCCUGCUCGCCGCCGUCGCGUGCCUCGAGCUCAGCGACGUCGUCUUCGCCGUCGACUCCGUGCCGGCCGUCUUCGGCGUGACCGAGGACCCGUUCCUCGUCUACACGUCGAACAUGUUCGCGAUCCUCGGGCUCCGGGCCUGGUACGGCGUGUUGUCCAAGGCCGCCGACGACCUCGCCUACCUCGAGAAGGCCGUCGCGGUCGUGCUCGGCUUCGUCGGAUUGAAGCUGGGCUUCGGCUACUUCGGCUACGAGAUCGAGACGGGCCAGUCCCUCGCCGUCAUCGCGACGGUCCUCGGCGCGGGCAUACUCGCCUCGAUCUACUUCCCGCCCGACGAGGGGGAGGAGUCGCCAUAA